UGACGUAGUGUAGUAUGACUGUAUAUCAGCUCCAUCCAAGCAUACACCGUGGCUAAUAAAUACAAAAAAAUAUUUUCACAAUCAUAACACAGACAAUAAAGAGAGCGAGUUCAUCUUCCGCUGUGUCGCUAAGCAUGCAACUGGAAAAGUGAAAGUAACGUGACUCGCACGUUUUGUUGCCCCUCAUCUCUCGCACGAAGGACUAACGUAAAGUGCAAUAAUUAUUAAUUAAAUGAAUUGACUCGUGAUUCAAGUGAAAACAAUUUUGAGGAUUUUCUGUGAAAUUUAUUAAAGACAAAAAUACGAGUAUGCUUCUGGAAGGGAGUUCUCCGGACAUGUUAGCGGCCCAGUCCAAGAUUUUAUUCCAAUUAAAUAAGUACUAUAACGAACGGGUACAAACCCGUCAAGGAAACACGAUAAAGACUAUACGUGAAGUAUGUAAAGUAGUGCAGGAUGUCCUCAAAGAAGUUGAGGUUCAGGAACCUAGGUUUAUCAGCUCUCUCAAUGAAGUGAAUGGACGCUUUGAGGGUUUAGAAAUAGUUUCUCCAACAGAAUUUGAAGUUGUCUUAUACCUGAACCAAAUGGGAGUGUUCAACUUCGUGGACGAUGGAUCAAUUCCGGGUUGUGCUGUACUUAAACUUAGUGACGGUCGGAAAAGGUCAAUGUCGUUAUGGGUGGAAUUCAUAACUGCAUCCGGAUACCUCUCCGCCAGGAAAAUCAGAUCGCGAUUCCAGACCCUGGUGGCACAAGCUGUGGACAAAUGUAGCUAUAGAGACACUGUAAAAAUGGUAGCAGACACAACAGAAGUCAAACUUAGAAUCAAAGAAAGGUAUGUGGUGCAAAUUAUUCCAGCCUUUCGAUGCGCAGGAAUUUGGUGCCGUUCUGCCGCUCACUGGCCGGUUCCACAUCUCCAAUGGCCAAACCCCAACCUCGUGGCUGAGGUGAAAACCGAGGGGUUUGAUCUACUGUCCAGGGAAAGUAUAUACAUGAAAGACAAACAGAGUGCUGCGGAGGGAGACGCUUGGGUACUGACGUUCAAGUACGCUGAGGACCGGCUAUUGUACGGCGGUUGUCGACGGCGGUGUUUGAGCAUUCUUAAAACUUUGAGGGAACGUCAUUUAGACCUUCCCGGGAACCCAAUCACAAACUAUCACUUCAAAACCCUGCUUCUGUAUGAAUGUGAGAAGCACCCAAGGGAAAUGGAGUGGGAUGACACUUCUCUAGGAGACCGACUUAACGGAAUUCUUCUCCAGACCAUUUCCUGCCUACAAAAUCGCCGGUGUCCGCAUUAUUUCUUGCCUAACGUGGACUUGUUUAAGGGCAAAGCCCCAUCUUCUAUGGACAAUGCUGCCAAACAAGUGUGGAGAAUUCUCCGCGAACUGUUAACCAACCCCAAGAGUUUGGAAAAACUCUGACAAAGUUAUUUCGUGUUUGUUGUGAUGUCCAGUUGUUUUUGUGUCGAUUAAAUAUUUAAAAAUAGUUAA